AUGUGGAGCUUUCAGAACUUCUUUUUCAUCCUCUGCACUUCUCUGAGUUUUGUGAGCAGUGCAGAUGGUGUAAUCCAUGUGUUUGGAUAUGAGGGCAGAGAUGUUAAGAUUUCCUGUGGCUAUGAUGAUGGUUAUGAGGAUUAUGAGAAGUAUCUGUGUAAGGACGACUGCAGUGAUAACAGUGAUAUUCUGAUUACGACAAUACAAACAAAUAAAACCAAAUACUUCAUCUAUGAAGACAGAAAGACAAGAAUCUACACCGUGACCAUCUCUGAUCUGAGUGCUGUGGAUGCUGGAAAAUACUGGUGUGCUGUGAGCAGGCCUGGUAUUAUAAAAGACAUCUACACUGGAGUAAAACUGGAAAUAAGACAAGAAUGGUGCUGUGUGAAGUCAAAGAACAUGAGGGGCAUUGUGGGACGUGCAGUAACUCUGCAGUGUCCUUAUCCACCACAACACCAGAACAACAGGAAGUUCCUCUGCAAAGGAGACAAAUACAACAGCUGCACAGAUAUGAUGAGUCAAAACAGGUUCACACUGCAUAAUGUUUCCUCCAGCUCCUACUUGGUCACAAUCAAGGACCUGGAAGCAGGUGAUGCUGGGACGUACUGGUGUGGAUCAGAUGCACAGUGGAGUGUUGGAAACUACACCAAGAUUCAUCUGUCAGUAGAUGCCGGUCUCUAUGUGGUUCUCCUUGUUUCUGUGGUGCUGCUGCUAAUCAUGGCAUCUGUGCUGGUCAUAGUUUAUAAGUGCAAAUGUUCCAAAGACAGAGGAGACAGAAGCAAACCAAAGACUGUGGACCCACAGGGAGUGGUGGAUUCAGAGGAUCUUAAUGAAAUUCAUGAUGCUGUUGUAAAAAUGAAGCGUUACCAUCCUGAUGAUACCGAUGAGGACCAACCAGACUAUGAAAACGUCUCAUCAGAGCAAAUCUACAACAAUGAAUCCUAG